AUGCCGUCUUCCCAACGUCCAUUCUUCCUCUCAUCCUUUUUCGCUGCCUUCCGCCAGCAGCCCACCUCGGCGUCGUCGCUCUCUUCCUCUGCGGCCGCCGUCCAGCAGGCCGCCAGCAAACACACGGCGGCUGGCGGCAACUCGUCCGAUAUCGUUGCGGCGGUCUCGGCGGCAUCCUCCGCGACAUCACCUGGCGCCUCGUCGUCCUCCUCCUCCAUAGCUGCGGCUGGCGGCACUGCCUCGGCUUCUACCUCGACGUCCCUGGCGACAGCCGCCGGCAGCACCACAACGCCCUCCGCCUCCAACACGCUGGCGGCAUCGAAUGGCUCCAGCACCAACUCGCGCUCGAUCGCCUCCUCGGCAGCGGCGGUGGCGGCUGCCGCCCUGACGGCCUCGCAACGCCUACACUCGUCUCGCUCGCCGCACCACCACCAUGCGCACCACCAUCACCACCAUCAUCACCACCACCAUGCACACAACAGCACGGGCACCUCGGCCGUCCCGAUUCCAAACAGUGGGUCUGGUAGCCAUCAACAACCACAACAAAACAGCGGCUCCAACCACGGCAGUUUCACGGAAGAGCCGUACUAUGCCAAUGGCUACUCGGGCUCCGGCACCAGGACCGGCACACCGACAGCCACGGCUACAUCCACGUCUACGACCGUCGUCGCCGCCACGGGCCGCCGGCGCGGCAGCGACAGCAGCAGCGAAGGCUUUCGCGAGGUGCUGGGCGCGGACAAGUGGUACAUUGGCGGGCGGACGGCGGCGGGCGAGGAGCGGUUCUUCAAGCUGGGCGUGGUGCGGCGGGUACGGAGCAACGACCGGCUGAGCCUGGACCGGUUAAGCUUAUGA